AUGAUUCGCUAUUCAAGAGCAUUCCUUAGUGGUGGGCAUGGGGAUCUGUUCCCCAACACCAAGGCUGCUGCCCAUUUAACACCACAGUGGGUGCUUUCCCGCACGACGCCUCCCGCACCAGGUGCGGGGCACUGCUACGCUAGCUUUACCUAUCCCGAAAAGCAUAGCAAAUUUCAGGGCUUCCAACCCGAGAUUCAUGAGUCCAAAGUGGUGUCUAUGCACGCCACGGGUAGUCUGCCGCAUUGCACGACAAAACGACCCUCCCUGAAGGUCUGCGGGGCUUUCGUUGAGGGCACCAAAGCUGCUCUCGACGGCAAAAAUGUCAAGACUAACAAUACACCCAUGGCGCGGGCUAACAUCGAGGCGAAGGAGCAAGCUGAAAGAAUGGUGAAGACACGGGAAUUUGCUCCCAGUCAAGAGCCCAUGGCCUUCCGUGAGGGUUAUACGCCAUUCGCAGACCUGUUGGAGUGCUGCGAGUUCAUAGACAAACGUACAAAUGCUCUUCGAAAGAUUGAGGAUCGGAACUCCAACGGGUACACCAAGGAAUGGAUUCCGUUUGAACUGAAUCCUCGACCGAAGCCAACCCCACCACCCCCCAAAAAGUAG